GUGGCACAACAUUGUGGGCUUUAUCUUAUUGUGGAGAUAAAGAUGGGCUUUAAAAAGAAAGGGCACACGGAGUUUUUAAAAGCAGGGCAUAUUGUUGGAUAUAAAAAGGGGCAGCUACUGAGGACUUCGGGGAGAAGGGUGACUACAGAAAUCAGGGAAGCAGCCGGCAGAAAGCUUGGAGGUGCGUUUGAAGCGGAGCUUGCGCAGAUUUUGUGUGAGUGAUGGCAGAGGCGAAGGCAGCCACUGGGACACCUCAAUCGAAAACAAAGGGGACAAGCGCAACAGUAAAUGGCUACAGAUUUGAGUUUCACAAAUUGGGUUUUUACUCUUCUAAACUUAUUUUUUGCUUUUUUUGGAUAUGGAAUUGUGGUUCAUCAAUUUAAUCUCAGAUUUUAUCAUGUUUAGUAUGAACUAAUUUUGCCAUCUAAGGCUACGAUGUAGCCUGAUCAAUUUAAUAUAGAAUUUCAUGAUUUUUAUAUUUUCAAGGGUUAUUAUUUCAUGUAGAGUAUAUAUUAUUAUUCUUAAUGCUUUUUGAUGAUUGGCCACCAUUAAAACUGAUUUGAAGAGCAUAAUUGAGACCGAGAGGAGAUUUUAUGCAAUAGCUUUUAGUAAUAUAUACCAUGAAUUGAACGAAAGCCAGAGAUGGACCAACGUGAUUUGUGCAGCAUUAGUGAUAAGUGGACUUAAUUUUCUAUGUAAACUAUGGAAUUUCAUAGAAUAGAAUGCAUCUUUAUCU